AUGGCCUUCUCUGAUUCCGAAGUACUUUACUUCAUGAACAAGGCUCUUGACGAGGCAAAAAUCGCUUUAGAUCUUAAUGAAGUAACGGUUGGAUGUAUUAUAGUUUGUAAAAGUACUCGGGAAAUUGUAGCAUCUUCGAGCAAUACCACUAACUUGACGCACAAUUCUACGUGGCAUUGUGAGUUAGAUGCCAUAAACAAGUUGCUUAGUCUGAAUCCAGACAAGGACCUGUCCGCAAACAACACCGAGAAUCUACAUAAAUUCUCAUCAAAAUACGCAUUAUUUGUAACAUGUGAACCAUGCAUAAUGUGUACUACUGCCCUGCAAAUAGUAGGUUUGACCGAUGUAUACUAUGGCUGCUCAAAUGACAAGUUCGGGGGCUGUGGAUCCGUUCUAUCACUUCACAAAAGCAACGGAGAUCUUCCGAGGAUUAAUUGCAGAGGAGGGAUACUGGCAGAUGAUGCCAUAAAACUUUUGCAGACAUUCUACUCCAGGGGUAAUCCAAAUGCACCGGAACCAAAACGUAAACGAAAAAUCUCUUGA